CCCCAAUCCUCGUUCUCUCUUCCUCUCUCUCCCUCAUUAUUGUUUUCAUCCUUUUGCUCUCUUUUGCUCGCUCGCUCAUCUCUAGCACCACGGUGUUUUCCCCGUCUUUUUCUAUUCCCUCCUUUGAAACUUCCUCAUCUGCUGUGCUGGCAGCUUCGCUUCCUCUGCUUCCGCGGGUCGCUUUGUCUGCUGCUGCCAAGUCACCGGGGUCAGUUUGCUUCUCCCUCUCCUCCAUCAGCAUCUGUCGCCCUCGUCCUCGGCCUUCGUCACCUUCUCUGCCAUCACUUGCUAUGCGGAUCGGGCCUCCCCGCCAUCGGUGCCCAUACAUCCGGUGCUGAGCGACUGCAGUCGAUGCUGGCCAGUUUAACCCCGAUCCGCUUGGGUUCUUCGAUGCGAUCCGCGCCAUGGCACCUCCAUACCCAAGUUCCCAGGCCCCCUUGACAGGCUAUUCGUCCUCCUUCCUGUCGCUCCAGGACCAGAAUCCCCCACUGUCGGCCUACUCAAUCCUGGGGACCGGGCAGUAUCCCGACAGUGUCGCAUUCUGGCACAAUCCGCCCGCGCAACCCCAGCCUCCACUCCCUCCCGCCGCCAUCGCCGCCUCCUAUCCGUCGGGCCCCCCCAAGCCCCAGUCGCUCCUACAACCCGCAUCAGACCAGAAGAAGCAUAAGCGCACCCGCAGCGGCUGUUUCACCUGUCGUUCCCGUCGGAUCAAGUGCGACGAGGCACGCCCCAUCUGCGACAGAUGUCGGAAAGGAAACCGCGACUGUGUCUAUCCGUCGGCCACCGCGGGCGCAUCCAAGUCGGGAGCCCGUGCCGUAUCCAAGCCCCGAGGGUCGUUGCUGCGCGGAACCGAUUCAUCCAGUCAAGCGGGAUCCGAGGAUAUCCGCGUGUUGGAGCCCAUCGUUGAUGAGGAAGAAGAUGGAACUAGCGUCGGGUCAAGUGCCCAUCUAUCACCGUCAACCGCCCCGACUCCAACAACAUGGCCCAAACCAAGUCCCCCCAAGAGACAGUCCGGGCAGUCCCUGAGGCAACACGGGGGAAGGCCAUAUGUGGCUAUCGACCCGGGCAUUUCACGGAUCGAGACUAGUACUUCGCCUUCGCCGUCCACGGAUACAUCAUCUCGAUUUGACUCCCUGAGCGCUCGGUCGGCCAGCGUCGGCGCUUCCCUGCCCGACCCGUCGGGGUUUGGUCUGCCCAGCAUAGCACAUUUGGCUGACGACCUGCGAUUUUAUCUCAGCUAUCAUCAAGAUUUUAUGACGUAUAGGCAUUAUUUCCUCAAGCCAGCCAAUGACCGGUUCAUUCAUCAUGGUAUCGUCGAGCUGGCGUUGCAGUAUGAUCCCCUGCUGUAUGCGAUGGUGGGAUUUUCGGCAUAUCACCACUGUGUUCAGACCGAUAGUGGCAAAUUAUAUUCAUUCCUGAAGUACUACAACAUCGCCUUGACACUGCUGCGCAAGUCCCUGAGCUCUGGUGAGCCACACAGUGAGGCCAUGCUGAUCACGGUUCUUGUCCUCACCACCUUCGAGGAAUCCAUUGGGGACUGGGUCAACCUCAUUGGCCACCAUCAGGCGGCUCAUGCCUUGGUGCGGGAAAUCUUAACGCCAGAGUCGGCCAACUUGAACGAGCUUCAUAGCAAUAUCUUCAUUUGGUAUGCCCGAUUCGACGUGGUCGCCGGUAUUUUGGCCGGGAACGAGACGAUCCUUAGCCGAGAAUGGUACACUGCGAAAGAGGAGUAUGACGCUCAACAGGCUGCCAGCCACCCAGGCGAUGUAGAGAAACAGCUGGCGCUGGCAAAUUCGAUCAACCGUCGAUUUGGGUUGGAAAUGGCAUCAUUGUAUGCCAAGCUAUCGCGCGGACUGAUUCCUAUAAGCGAGUUUAUUGUCCAGAACGAACUUUUGGGGCAAACCUUGGAGCGGGUGAGAGGCAUCCUAGAGACAUUCCACAACUCGGAGUACACUGUGCAGGAGUAUCCUUAUCGGGUCCCCUUGACCCCGGACGAUAUUGUGGAUCCGUAUAUCCCGGGGGGGCUGUAUCACGGGCCCCUCUGGGAAGUCAACAUGGCGUGGAUUGAUUACUACUCCACCAAGGCCAUGUACAAGUAUCAGACGCUCCUAUCUGUGAAGCAAUCAUCGGUGGAGGAACUGGGAGCCCUCUCGAUGGAGCUGGCUCGGUUUAUGGAAGCAGUGGAUCGGUGGCCGGUGAAGGAAAGCGGGUAUAUUCUGGCGUUCAAGAAUAGCAUUGGAAUGGCCGCCAUGUUUUGCCCUCGGGACGAGAGAUACAUCAAGUGGGCGCGGCGGAAGUUCGCUCAGUUGGAGCAAGGCGGGUACGUUGUGGCAGCGGCCUUCCGAGCUGCGCUGGCGGCGCUGUGGCAGAAGCCUGAAAUCAACGACUGGUGGCUCCCCGACGAGGGAUACCCGAGCAUCAUCCGCGAAGUGCGAGCGAUGACGGAAGAACGCACGAGCCACCCUCGCGAUAACUUCCGCGAAGACGUCAGCCAUAUGAAGACGCUGUUCUGGAACAUCAGUCUAGACGACACCGAGAGCGAGAGCAGUCCCGCCUCGGUGGGAACGGACGUCCGGUGAAUAUGACCAGUCACUGUGGUUCCCUGUACGACCGGAGGACUGAGGAUGUCUCACAACAGCAGGCGCUCAUGACAAAGGCUUCUUGGUCUUUACACCAGUGCUUCCUUCCGUGAACCAGACCUUACAUACAGCCCCCAGGGGGCUAAUCAGGACACCGACUCUCCUCCAGCCGGUAACCCCUUCAUUCACCUUUACGCUCUCUAUCUAUAGUUAUGACUCAACCAUAUUCUUUGGCACGCUCGCUCAGAAGGUGACGAUGCAUGAGAAUUGAUACCCGGAUUGAUUAGGAGCCGAUGAUUGGAUGAUACUUACAUACCGAUAUGCCUACGUAGCUCUUGGAUCAUAUACAUACGCUAGAUACCCUAUCAGCAUAGUCUAUGCAUUUGCGCGAUUAUUCACCGAAUCUUACAACUAC